GGAGUCUCGAAGGGGAAAUAUUAAAUCUGUUUAAAAUUCUCAAACAUCUUUCCAGCUCUUGCACUUGAAGAUUACAUCUAAUAUGCACGAAAUUUGAAAUCCCUGCAAUUCCGUAAUAGUUCAGAAGAAGCCGUUGCUUGCUAAAUUUAUCGCGGAAUUCGAGAUUUCAUGCAGAAUUUGGUGCAGAAUUCAACUUUUUCUUGCAGAAUUUCUGUGUAGAAUUUGCAUAUUCUCAUGCAGAAAACUUGAAGGUGUGAAAUUCCUCGCCACAGGUAAGCGGAUUUUUUCGUUGGCCAAGGAGUGAUGAUACUCAUGAUGUCCUAUUGUUUCUGUACAAACAUUAUUUUCGAUGGGAAAAUUCAACAGUCGACACUCACAUUUGAGUUUGAUGGAACUAUGUAUGACCUAUGCAGUGUGUACAUGUAAGUGAGAUCCAUUUCCAGGAGCAUUAAGUUCAUUCAUCGCAUUUGAUGGACAAGUCAUACUUUUUAUCAGAUGACUCAUUUUACUUCUGUCUGGAUUGAGAGAAGUUAUUCCAAGACUCUGAGAGAGAUUAUGGGUAUUUUCAAGUGCAACUUUUGUGAGAAACACUAUACAACCUUAGGUUCGAAAAAUCGUCAUGAAUUAACACAUGGAGAUGUUAGUUUUAAAUGCUUACAAUGUCAAAAAGAAUAUCAAUAUCAAACACAUUUAAGAAGGCAUGAAAAAGUCUGUCAGAAAAAUAGGGAUGGAGAACAAAAUAAAAAAAGAAUAAGAAACACUGAUGAACCAUCAUCUGGCACUCAAAAUAUAGUUAGGAAUGUGGUAAAAGAAAUGGUAGAAGGAUUAAAAAGAAAGAAAAUGUGA